AUGGAUUCCGCAGCUCGUCAACAACCUCAAGUUCAACCUUGUAGAUACAAGGUCGGCAAGACGUUGGGGGCUGGCUCCUAUUCCGUCGUCAAAGAAUGUGUCCACAUCGAUACCGGCCGCUACUAUGCCGCCAAGGUCAUCAAUAAGCGGCUUAUGGCUGGUCGCGAACACAUGGUUCGCAACGAAAUCGCUGUCCUGAAAAAGGUCUCCAUGGGCCACCAGAACAUCCUCACCCUUGUCGACUACUUCGAGACCAUGAAUAACCUCUAUCUCGUUACUGAUCUUGCCCUGGGUGGUGAGCUUUUCGAUCGGAUCUGCCGAAAGGGUUCCUACUUCGAAUCAGAUGCUGCUGACUUGGUUCGCGCUACACUGUCAGCUGUCGCUUACCUACAUGACCAUGGCAUUGUUCAUCGCGACUUGAAGCCAGAGAACCUACUUUUCCGGACGCCCGAGGACAACGCAGACUUGCUUAUUGCAGACUUUGGACUUUCACGAAUUAUGGAUGAGGAACAGUUCCACGUUCUGACUACAACCUGCGGUACCCCUGGUUAUAUGGCCCCCGAGAUCUUCAAGAAGACUGGUCACGGCAAGCCUGUAGAUCUCUGGGCUCUCGGUGUCAUCACAUACUUCUUACUUUGUGGUUACACUCCUUUCGAUCGCGACUCUGACUUUGAAGAGAUGCAGGCCAUCCUCAACGCAGAUUACAGCUUUACUCCUAUCGAAUACUGGCGUGGUGUUUCCGCCCAUGCCAAGGAUUUCAUUCAACGGUGUUUGACAAUUGAUUCCACGAAGCGCAUUACUGCUCACGAGGCUCUACAACAUCCAUUCGUCGCUGGCUUCAUCAAUGCUGAGGGCGAGAGUCAGAACUUGCUGCCUAACAUUAAGAAGAACUUCAACGCUCGUCGAACUCUGCACGCGGCAAUCGAUACUGUCCGUGCAAUCAACAAGUUGCGCGAGGCGCAAAGCGGUCUGAUGGAUGGAGCUCGUUCAAAGGAGCCCAGUAGGGGCGCAGCCCAACAGACCCCUACCAACCGAAAGGUAGACAGCGCCAUCUCUAUUGGCAACAAUCAGCCCAAGGACAGCGGCUAUGGAACACAAACCGAAAAUGACGUGGUUAUGGGCAACACUUCAGCAUCCAACGUCCCAUCCUCGUUGCAACCCGGCAACAACGGAAAUCGAGUUAUCGAAACUUCCAAAGGUCUCUGGAGCGCAGCGAAGAGGUAG